CAGAGAAAGAGUAGUAGGUUUGUGACAACUUUUAUGUACAUAUUCCACCUUUAUGAAGCUUACUUCAUUUUUCGUGUGAAAUAUGUUCCUUAUCAGGCCAACUGAAGAUGUCUGCAGACACGUUUAUCAGUGAUCUGGUCAACAGUGGUGAGACUGAUGUCAAGAUGCCUAAGUUCACGGUGAUAGUUUGCAAGAAGAGAAUCAGUGCGCGGUUCUUCAUGGCUGAUAAGGGCGGAUAUCUGUCUAACCCCACUCCGGGCACAACCAUCAGCGCAUCCGUCACUCGAAUGUACGAAGACGAAUCGUGGAGCAACUUCUAUCUGGUGUCCCAGUCCGUGCGACAGGGAACAGUGGGGCCCACUCACUACGUGGUCAUAGAGAACGAGUCUACGAGUGAGGGGAAGACGAUCCCCGUGCAGAUGCUGCAAAAGAUCACUUACAAGUUGACGCACCUGUACUUCAACUGGCCCGGUACUAUCAGGGUACCUGCUCCCGUGCAGUAUGCGCACAAGCUGGCUUUCUUGGCCGGGCAGCAUCUACACAGGGACCUGAGAUAUGAUCACCAACUAGCUGAUCUUUUGUUCUUCCUGUAG